AUGGGCCGCCAUCGUCAGCAGCCGCCGGAGCCCUCCUCCUCCUCCUCCAGACACACCGACAUCUUCCAUCCUGCUGCCGCCGUUGCCCAUUCCCAGUCCCAUCGUCAGCCCAAUAAGGCGACCGGGGCCCACGCACACGGCCGUGACUCCUCCCCUGUGCAUCGACAACUGCAUGACCAGGAUCAGCAUCAGGACCAGCAUGCCGUGCCCCUCCAAGACCUAGCGCCGCGCUCGAUUGAUUCUACAAAUACCACCGCCUCGCCUCUCGUCGCUACCCCUCCAAGCACCUCAUCCGCCUCCCCGCCGACUGUCCAAGAACAGCGCUCUGUUUCGUCUCUCCACCAUGUCCAGCCGUCGGCCGAAUCCAACAAGGCGAUAGAAGAAGCCGACAACAACUCCCGGCCUAGGACCCCCGAUCCCGGCACCAUGGCCUCGUCCUCUCAACCCGGACGGUCCCUUAAUUCGUCGCCUGCCUUCCGUCAAGAUGGCCCGUAUGGAUCAGUAUCGUCAUCACCAAGCCAUACUCCUCACCCCAGUGGUGCUGAGCAGGCCUCGAAACCUGUUCCUCGGCGCAGAGUCUCUGGCACCACGAGGACCCUUGCAUCCAAACGUUCGGGUCUAUCCACAAAAUCCUCCUCGCACAUGUCAGAGGACCUGGAAGGUUCAAUGCUGGUCUCGGGCCUGGAAGGUCGGUUCAGUAUGGCAGAGGCCCCGCUCACUGGCGGCAUGGUGGGCGACGGCAAAAGGAAAGAUGCCUCAGAGGAUGGCGUUCCUCUUUUAAGUGGCGAUGAAGAUCAUGAGGGAACGGCGUCCCUCGACGACGAUGACGAUGGUGUAGACAACUCGCCCCACGAUGCUGUCCGAGCCUCGGUUCCUCCCACAGACGACACUACCUUGUCAAUCAAUACCCCUCGAAUGUGGUGCCUUUCAGUGCUGUUUUCCAUUCUUGGAUCCUCCACAAAUCUUUUCUUUUCCUUGAGAUACCCUAGCGUGGCUAUCACGCCUGUUAUUGCUUUGCUUCUCGUGCAUCCCCUUGGCCACACUUGGGAUUUUCUCCUCAAACGCUCCCAUGACCCCGCUGAAGAGUUUGUCGAUGGGAGCCAAGUCUCUUCAGCGGUAGACGAAGAGCCACCGAAUGGCCGAGGCAAGGCGACACGAUCCUGGCGCCAAUGGUUGGCUCAAGGUAGGUGGAACGAAAAGGAACAUACCUGCGUCUACGUCAGCAGCAAUGUUGCCUUUGGGUUUGCUUUUGCUACCGAUGUCAUCAUUGAACAAACUCGAUUCUACCACCAAGAAGCUCCCAUACUCUACCAAUUGCUUCUGACAAUCUCGACUCAGAUCUUGGGCUAUGGGUUUGCUGGUCUUACCCGUCGUUUUCUGGUGCGCCCCAGCGGUAUGAUUUGGCCAGGCACUCUUAUGUCCGCAGCAAUGUUUGGUACAUUACACAAGCAAGACAACAAGCCUGCAAAUGGUUGGAAGAUCAGUCGUUGGAACUUCUUUUACGUCGUGUUUUUCGGCUCGUUUAUCUUCUACUUUCUGCCAGGCCUUCUAAUGCCUGCAUUGAGUUACUUCAACGUAUUUACUUGGUUUGCUCCGAAAAGUGUGGUUGCUGCCAAUUUGUUUGGUGUCACCUCCGGCCUCGGAAUGUUGCCUUUAACCUUUGACUGGGCACAGAUCACGUAUAUUGGGUCUCCCCUGCUCGUGCCGUUCUGGGCAGCAGUAAACGUCAUUGGGGGCAUGGUCAUCGUGAUGUGGAUGAUUGCCCCCAUCAUGUAUUACGCCAACGUCCUAUACACAUCAUACAUGCCUAUCCUGUCUACAGCAGUCUUCGACAAUACUGGCAAGGUCUACGAUGUCACCCACAUUCUCACCUCGGAUUUCGUCUUUGAUAAAGAAGCGUACAAGCAAUACAGCCGUGUGUUCCUUCCAGUUACCUACAUGCUCAGCUACGGUGUUCAAUUUGCCGGUUUAGCUGCUCUGCUGACACAUACGGCGUGCUGGCAUGGCCAUGAUAUUUGGACGACUUGGAAAAAGGCAUUGGAGGAAGCUCGCGAGGACGGCAGGCCGGUUUACCAGCGAGUGCCCAACACCCCUCAGGAUAACGGCCUGUUCGCAAAUGAAGACUAUGCUCGCCUAUCCAGAUCGACAUCCAACGUGGAUGGUCUAAUAAGCCACGAGGAUGUUCACAGUCGCUUGAUGAAGCGAUACAAAGAUGUUCCCAUGUCGUGGUACUUGAUUACAUUUUUGUCUAUGACGGCCAUUGGCAUCUUCGUUGUAGAAUACUACCCUAUCCACCUGCCCUGGUACGGCCUCCUACUAUCUCUUGGAAUAGGCGCAAUCUUCUUUAUACCAAAUGGCAUUAUAAUGGCUGUUACGAACCAACAUAGCAGCAUUUACCUCAUCUGCCAGCUUAUUUGCGGCGCAGUGUUCCCAGGCCGCCCAAUAGCCAACAUGGUAUUCGUCACGUACGGAUACAUCUCCUCCGCCCAGGGGAUCAAGUUUGCCUCCGACCUCAAGCUCGGCCACUACAUGAAGAUCCCUCCCCGGAUCAUGUUCACCGUCCAGGUCGUCGCGACACUGGUCUCCUCCAUUACUCAGAUCGGCGUCCUCAACUGGAUGUUCGUCAACAUCAGGGGACUCUGCACCCCCGACGCUCUCAACGGCUUCACCUGCCCCAUCGCCCGCGUCCACUUCAACGGCUCCAUCCUCUGGGGCGUCGUCGGCGUCAACGAGUUCUUCGGCCCGGGCGCCAUGUACCGCGCCCUCGUGUGGUGCUUCCCCCUCGGCGCCUUCCUCCCCAUCCCGCUCUGGCUCUACAGCCGCCACAAGAAGAGCAGCAUCAUCCGGAAGGUAAACCUGCCCGUGAUAUUCGGCGCCAUGUCCUGGAUCCCCCCGGCCACGGGUCUCAACUUCUCCGUCUGGGCCCUCGUCUGCUACAUCUUCAACUACCACAUCAAGAGGCGCGCCGGUGCCUGGUGGGCAAAGUACACCAUGACCCUCAGCGCCGCGCUCGACUCGGGCCUGGCCUUUGGCAUCGUCGUCGUCUUCUUCGGCUUCAUCUACCCCGGCCUGAUGCAGAACUUUCACUGGUGGGGGACCGAGGUCUAUAAACAAGGUUGUGACUGGCAGGCGUGCCCCUGGAAGACUUUGCCUGAAGGGGAACGGUUCGGGCCAGACGCCUGGUGA